UUAGUUUUUUUCGCGGCUCUCAUGAUUCUUGUGACGGAUAAGGAAAUCGAAGCUUGGUGAGCUGCUCCGAGAGCUCCAGGUUCUCAUCGAAUCCAGGCAGCCAUCACUGCUGUCUGUCUUAGUGUCACAUUAGGAGAUCUCUGUGCUGUGUGGGACCCACUCUCACUGACAGGAGCCACAUUCUCCUGGUCAUGGAGGAGGAUACAGACUCACCCCCCGAGAGAGAGACAAAGGACUUCCAUUUCCGGCAACUGAAAAAGACACGGCUUUUUGAUCCUCCUCAAGAAAUCCUCAAAGAGCGCUCCAAUCUCUUGGCAAUCUCUAAUAAAUAUGGCCUCAUCUUUGCUGGAGGCUCACCAGGGCUGAAAAUCUAUUACAUUAAAGAUCUACUUGUACCAAUCAAGGCUGGAGAAGAUCCCAAUUCUAUCGUUGCAGGCCCUCCUGGUAUAACUGUGCCCUUGAAACUUUCCACUCACCAUGUGGCUCUGAGCUCUGACAGUUUGACAUUAUCUGUGUGUGUAGCCUCCAGUACUCAUGGCACUUUCAUCUCAUUUUAUGAUGUACGGACUCUGCUGAAUGAGACCAAACCGCAGAAAAUGCCUUUUGCUUAUUAUGAGCUAACAAAAGAUGGUAAUAAUCGUGUAAUUGAUCUCAAAUGGAACCCAGCAACACCAAACCUGGUGGCCAUGUGCCUAAAUGAUGGUAGUAUAACAGUCCUACAGGUCACGGAUGCCGUCAGUGCUUACGCCACUCUGCCUGCCACUGUGGGUGUGACAUCAGUAUGCUGGAGCCCAAAAGGGAAGCAACUUGCUGUGGGCAAGCAGAAUGGCACAAUCGUUCAGUUCCUUCCAAAUCUUCAGGAGAAGAAAGUCAUUCCCUGCCCCACCUUUUAUUCAGAGAACCCUGUAAAAGUGCUUGAUGUCCUCUGGGUUAGUACAUACGUCUUUGCCGUGGCGUAUGCUGCUGCUGAUGUUUCUCUCGAAACCUCUCCUGAGCUUGUUAUGGUAUUACUUCCGAAAAAGGAAGACAAAAAGGGUGAGCGAUUUCUGAAUUUCAGGGAGAUCUGCUAUGGCAGCCCUACUGAGAGACACCACCAUUUCUUCUUGAAUUAUAUUGAUAAUUGGGAGGUUCUUCUGGGGGCUUCUGCUGUCUCCAUUGAAGUCUCUGUGAUUGCCCGGCCACCAGAUCAGGUCGGUUAUGAAUUGUGGCUUCUGGAAGACACGAGUCGGGCUGAUCUCCCCGUGAAUGACAACAGUGAUGAUACACUUCCCAUGGGAGUAGUUGUGGAUUACACAAAUCAGCAACAGAUUUUUAUCAGUGAAGAGAAAGUUCUUCCACCAACCCCUGUUCUCCUGGUUUUGUCCUCGGAUGGAGUCCUGUGUCCUUUCCACAUGAUAAAUUCCAACCCAGGCAUGAAGUCCCUAAUGGUGCCUCUUGAACGUUUGCCAUUGGAAGGAGAGAGACAGACGAAGACGAUCGGAACAGGCCUUACUUCUCCAGCUCCUGCUGCCCCUCAAACUACCAUUUCACAGCCGGCCACUUUCAGUAUUGCUUCUAGCAAUCCAGCCACCAAUACUACACCUGGACCCACCAAUACUACAUUUGGAGCCACCAAUACUACACCUGUACCUGCACCUUGGGCUUUGCCCUUGUCAAUCGGAAGUACAGCAGCUUCCAAUAACUCCUCCAAGCAGGUUAAUCCACCUGUGUUCUCCUUCCAACCGAUGUCGGGCACAGGGGUUUUUGGAAUGGGCAGCUCAGGGCCAGGUAGCUCAGCUCUUCCAGAGCAGACGCCUGUAACAACACCCGGCUUUCUUCCUGCUGCAUCAGUGAAAGUGAACCUGAAAGACAAAUUCAAUGCUGUUGGGGCACAGGCACCUGCUCCCAGUGCCAGCCUUGGUGCUCCAGCCUUUUCAUUCACUCCUCCAAGCAAGCCCCCAAGUUCAAGCGAUCCCCGUAGUGGCGCAGUAUCAUUUCAACCACAGGCCACCAAGACUCCGAGCAGGGCCACUGUUGGAGAUGUUGUCCCUGUGAUGCCAAGCACUCCCAUUGCAUCUACUCAGAAGACAGCCAAAAUUAACCCUCCAGCAGCAAAGCAAAUGCCUUCACAGUUGCAGGCAAAUGUACCCAGAGAAAAUCCAUACACUCAAACCAAGGAGUCUGACCCUUUUCUGAUUGCCAUAAAAGAGGAGAUUGCUCAAUUCCAAAAGGAGAUGGAUGACCUGAAAGCUCGCACUGUAAAGGCAUGUUUCUCAGUAGGCAAUGAAGCUGAAAUACGUCAAUUAAGGACAGAGACAGAUGACCUUGAUGGCUUUCUCCUUGAAAUCAAAGAAACUACUGAGUCUCUUAACAGCGACAUCCAUAAUCUAAAAAGGAAUCAUCUUGAGGCAUUUGCAAAAAUCGAAGAAGCUAGGGAACUGAAUGAGCGAAAGCAGGAUCCCAAGUACCGGCACCUGCUACUCAAGAGACCAUUAGAUCCCAAGAGUGAAGCUCAGGUUAAGGAGAUCCGCACUCUGCACCAGUAUGUAAAGUCUGCAGUUCAAGAUGUCAGUGAUGUGUUGGAUAUACAGUGGGAAAAGUACCUGGAAAACAAGAGAAAUCAAAAAGGUCUAAUUGUCCCAGAGCGACAAUCACUAUUUCACACGCUGGUCAACAACCGGGAAAUUAUCAACCAUCAACAACGGCAGCUAAAACAACUGGUGGACAAACUACAGCAGCUCCGAUUGUACAAGCAGCUGUCCCAGUGGAGCAUACCAAGCGAAGACACGAGCAACAAAAGUUUUGAAAGCAAUAUUGAAAGCCUGCAAAAUACAUUGUCUAAGACUGCUAUAAAUAUGAAACCCAAACCAGCACCGCAAGCACCAUCCAAAGUGUCAAAGGUAAAGGUCAACCAGCUGCGAAAUUUUCUUACCAUGAGAACAGUACCUCGUAUCCGGUCUCUUGCGCCAGCAAACCUCAACCGUUCGUCAUUCCUGGCCCCAAGCUUUUUCGAAAAUCUUGAUGAUGUGAGCUCCACAUCUUCCCUGUCGGACACUGGAGAUAACGAAGAGAGGGGGCUGCUUCCACAGGUGGUUGGGAGGCAUGAGACUCCGCCCCCAGAAGGUACACCUAUCAGAACUCCCCGACAUGCUGCUGUCGUCCGUACAACAUCAGUCCAGCAAGGCUUUGCUCCACCAACCGCUCCAUUUGGAAAACCGUUUGGCCCAGGUCCUAUCACCAGUACACCGGCUGUUCCUGCUCAGUCCAUCAGAGUGAUCCCACAGGGAGCUGACAGCACUAUGCUGACCACCAAAACUGUCAAACAUGGAGAUCCCAUUAUCAUCGCUCAACAAGCUGCGGCUGCAGCUGCCCUGAGGAGACAGCUGGACAACCAAGUGACAGCCACUUUGACAGAAUCCACCCUGCAGACAGUACCCAAAGUGGUAAACGUUAAAGAGCUGAAGGGCAAUGGUCCUGGUCCAACCAUUUCCACCACAUUAGGGCCGUCGGUACCCCAUUCUGCUGCUCAAGUUAUCCAGCAAGUAUUAGUCUCAGUGGGGUCGGCACCAGCUAAGCAGGCACCACCUGCUGGUGCUAUAAAGAUGCAAUCUGCUCCUGUGUUACCUGGCAGCAUCGCUCUCCCAGGACAGGGUUCUGCACCCAGCAAACCUCCAGGGCAACCUUUUCCAAAAUCUGAAACUCCACCUGUCCCUCCAGCUGCCAGUACCACGUCUGCCACAGCUUCACAGUCAAGCAAGCCAUUUUCGUUUGCAGGUCCAAGUUCGGGAUUCAGUUUUGGUGGCGUCACCCCAGCAUCCUCUUCUUCAUCCAACUUGGGAGGCAGCACUGCAGGUUCUUUAGAUCAAUCCCGGGAUCCUAACCAGUCCUCACCUUUUACAUUUGGAAGCAAGCCUGUUUUUGGUUCUGGAUCUCUUGGAUCAUUUUCCUUUUCAUCUGUUAAGUCUGCAACUCCGUCAACUAUUACAGAUACUGCUUCCACACCACCCACUUUCCAACUUUCAGCACCUUCUGCUGCUGGUCUAGCUGCUUCUUCCACUACUGGGGGAAAGUCGGAAGCCACAGCAACCAAACAAGGGGAUGGUAUUUUUCAGACUUUUUCAGGUGGAGAGACACUUGGGAGCUUCUCAGGUUUAAGAGUAGGUCAAAUUGACGAAAGCUCCAAGCCAGAUAAUUCAAAAGCAACACCCUCCACUCAGCCAGCUAAGUUGCCUAGUGCUACCCCUGUGUUUGGUUCUGGGGGUGGACUUCAAAUUUCAAAGCCUGCAGAAGUAUCUUCCAGCACUAGUGGUGCCCCAGGCACUCUUUUUGGUAGCUUGCCAUUAGCAGGUGCUGGAUCUUCAGCCAGUUUAUUUAGUUCUGGUGCUAGUAAGCCAAACUUCUCUUUUCUUAGUCCAUCAAGCACAGUUGCUGCUGCAGAUUCUUCAUCUGGAACAACAGCUUCAGCAACUCUGUCAUUUCAGAGUCUCCUAGCCCCUGCCACCUCAGCCCAGUCUCCUGCAGCUUCCAGCCCUGCAAACCAAAAUGAAUCGUCUUCUACACCUGCAGCCUCCACGUUUGCAUUGUCAAGUCUUUUAGUCCCUUCUUCUGCAGAUGUCAGUUCAAGCACUCUGGAAGUAAAGCAACCUUUCAAAUCUGAUAAACUUGUCAGUGAACCUGCAGCUCCUCCUUCUCUUCAGCAGCAAAACCCAUCAUUUCCCACAAGUGAGGGAGAUAAAGAACAAACUCCAAAACAAAAUCUUGUAGGAGGAGCCAGUACAACUCCAUUUGCUUCUGUUGCUGCCUCUAUCAUUCCUACUGCUCAGUCAGCAGCCGUGACCAAGGAAGAUGCAGCUCCUAUCCCCUCUCUCCCUGCCACAGUGAGCUCUGGCCAAGUAUCAUCCAUUGCAUCUGAAGUACUCAAUCCUUCAGCACCUGUAAAUACAUUGUCUGGAGUACUCUCCACCCAAACACCAGCUCCUGUUACAUCUUCUCCUCCGGUUGCACCGAACAAUCCACCUACGGCACCUCCACCAGUAGGGUCUACGGCCUCAAGUUCUGCAUUUGGUCAACAAAGUGUUGCAUCGUCCACUCCAGCUGCACUACCAGCUUUUGGCCAAGCACCUGCAUCUAGUUCGGCACCCACGCCCUUUGCACAACAAAGUGGAAAUGCAACAAGCGCCGCAGCAAAUACUACCACGGGUUUUGGAACAAAUGCCUUUGGACUAGCAGGUUCAACAGGAGCCGGCUUUGGACAGCCUUCUUUUGGCCAGGCACCAGCUUAUUGGAAAACACCAGCUUCAAACUCUGCUAGUAACUUCUCUUUUGCCCCAUCAAGUUUUGGCACACAGCCUGCUUUUGGUCAGCCUCCAACAUCAACUGUAGCUGCAUCAAGUACUGGUGCCCUUUUUGGAAGUUCCGUGAGCUCUAACAGCGCCACCACUUUUGGUCAGCAGUCAGCUAGUGCCAGUACUCCCACUGCUGGAGGAACGGGACUGUUUGGGCAGAGUACCACUCCUGCUUUUGGGCAGAGCUCUGGCUUUGGGCAGGUUGCGCCAGUGUUUGGUAAUGCAAGUUCCUCAACGACAACCACCUCAUUUGGUCAGUCAUCCGGUUUCACCACAAACCCGGCCGGAUCAUUGUUUGGCCAGAAUCAAAAUCAAAGCACAAGUGUGUUUGGUCAGUCACCUUCCUCUAGUGGAGGUUUGUUUGGCGCCAGCACCGGCACUGGGAGUGGUGGCGGUUUCUUCAGUGGACUGGGAGGUAAACCAAGUCAGGAUGCCGCAAACAAGAACCCCUUUGGCUCAUCCACACCCACAUCCACAGCCAGAUUCAGAUUCCCCAGCAGUCCUAACGGCAACAGUCUGUUUGGGAACAGCGGGGCCAAGGCAUUUGGCUUUGGCAGUUCAGCUUUCGGGGAUCAAAAAUCCUCUGGGACAUUCAGUGCAGCCGGAAGCGUGGCAAGUCAGGGCUUUGGGUUCACAAGUCCCACCAAGACAGGUGGCUUUGGUGCUGCUCCGGUGUUCGGCAGCCCUCCAACUUUCGGGGGAUCCCCUGGUUUCGGAGGGGCGCCAGCAUUCGGUACAGCCCCAGCAUUUUCAAGCCCUCUGGGCUCGACGGGAGGCAAAGUGUUCGGCGAGGGUACGGCUGCAGCUAACACAGGAGGAUUCGGAUUCGGAGCCAGUCCUGGUAACACCACCUUUGGCAACAUAGCAAGUCAGAACACCCCAACCUUUGGAUCUCUGUCCCAGCAGGGCACUGGUUUUGGGGAGCAGCAGAGUGGUGGGUUCUCUGGGUUUGGGUCAAGCGGAAGUGCACCGCCAGCAGCAAACAGUGGAGGAUUUGGAUUUGGAGUUGCUAAUCACCAGGCACAGCCAGCAUUUUGCACCAAUCCCUUAGGCAUGGAAUACAUUGGAGGAUCCUCUGGCCAUUAAACUAUUAAUCAUGCUCAAUUCAAGAAUUCUAGUUUGUCCACGUCUGCAUUUGGCGGGGGCUGGAGAGGCUGAGAGAUGGAGAAAGUAGCAGAAGAAGCUGACUUGUUAAAUAUUUUGAUAGUGUCGCAGUUUUCUUUUCUCAAAUUUUUCAUUUCUCAAGGUCCUCAAUAAAUUAUAAUUUUUUGAUUUUU